GCCGUGUCCUCCCGCGGAGCACAAGCACAAGCUACGACUUUCAGUCGACGGCGCUCUCAGUCAGCUUUGGGAGGCUCUGUCCUAAACGUUAAAACGCACGGUGGUUGUACCGGACUCACACGCAAAAGAUACCCGGCUAAGAUUUUUCUUCCCCUCUCCGCAACGACGGGCGUAAGUCGACGAACGGAAAAAAGAAAACAGUGCCAAGUUCAAGUUCGUUAAAACGCGCGACAGCGAGAGAGAAAGAGAGAGAAACCGCCUGUCGAUCUACGCGAGUAUUUACGAGUAAAACUCGACGACACACACGCUGUCGCGAGGUCGAUCGGAGAGAGAAGAGAGAGAGAAAGGAAGACAGACAGACAGAAAGAGCCGGUCGAACCGUGCCAGGAAGCACGAAUUCGAGAAGCAUAUACGCGUUCUCCGUAUUCGCGCGCGCGCGCACGCCCGCUCGUACGUUCCUGUUUUUUUUUUUGUUUUUUAUUAUUAUCGAACGUUAUUAGACACGUGUCGAUCGGGAUACGUACUGUUUAUUUUACACGCGUGGGUGCUUCAGAUGCGAGCUACGACGACAUCGUCGGCGGCGGCGGCAGCAUCGCAUAACGACGCAUACGGUCGUAGUGGCAGUUUUAUUGUGUUCUGAGGAAAGUUUUUUUUUCUUCUCCUCCCCCAAUCGUUCGGCCCCCCUCCCCCUCUUCCCACCGCCAAACGCCGACCUCCCUGCGCCGGACUUCAUUUUUCGCGCGGCCCGCUGCGAGAGGGACGAGAGAGGCAGAGAAGGAGCGGAAAAGGAUCGGACAGAGACGACGGGCUCCAGGUACAAAGUGUGGUUUUUGUGCGACACCCGGGGAACAUGUCGACCGCCGUCAUGAGUAACACCUCCAUGUUCGAUUGCGGCGAGCAUCUCUUUAAGAAUGCGGGCUCGACUAAGGCGAAGGAGCCUCCGUCAUCUCCAACGACGACGAGCACCACGAAUGGUAGCACCGCCGGCGGCAACCACGUCGGCAACGGACACGCGCCUCUGAAACGCAGCUACACCUCCUUGAUGACCACGUUAAUCGAGCAACAUCGAAAGCUGGACCGUAGCGUGAGCGAGCCGACGUCGCGCUACAAGACGGAGCUCUGCCGACCGUACGAAGAGAGUGGCUCGUGUAAGUACGGCGAUAAGUGCCAGUUCGCGCAUGGUUUUGGCGAGUUGCGCAACUUGGCGCGCCACCCGAAGUACAAGACCGAGCUGUGCCGUACCUUCCACACGAUUGGCUUCUGCCCGUACGGCCCGCGCUGCCACUUCAUCCACAAUUUCGAGGAGGCGCGUAUACACAAUCAGAAGGUGAGCGCCCAGCUGGGCUCGACGCAGCCCAACCUAAUGGGUUUGAAUCCGCUGAUGAGCGCGGCGGCCGCCGCUGCAGUAGCGUCCGCGGCCGGCAACGGCACCGCCGCGAACAACAGUGCCACUGCCAAUAAUGUCAGCGUCAACGUCAGCCUGCUCGAGCAACUCGCCGCGUCGUCCCACGUGGCCGUGGCCGCGGCGGCCGCUGCCACCACGUCGAACCUUAUGCGAACGAAUUCGUUGAGCCUCGGUAGUACCAACGCGAACGGCUUCAAUCAGCCGCCGUUGCUGCGAACAUCGUCGCUGAGCCUGGCCACGAAUCAUCAUCACGCGGUACACCAUCAUCAGGUGAACGCUAUGAACUCGGUAAUCGGGGCGACGAAGCCGAAACCGCUCAAUCUUAGCCCGACGUUCUCGCUCGGCAGUUCUGCCGACUCGGUCUCGCCGUCGUCUAGCCUCAGUCAGUCGCCGACGAACUCCAUGGCGAGCUUCUUCAGCGACGACUGCAGCCAGCAAACGGUCUCAUGCACGAAUCUGCAGACGACACCGUUCAGUUUCGGUCAGGACUUCAGUCUGCUUGCCUGUUCGAGACAGAGCCCGAGCCCGCGCAACAAUGGGGUAUGCAGUCCACUCGCCUCCGACGAGGUAUCACCCAGAACCCCCUCCCCGUUGUCACCUAACACGGAGUCCAGGUUGCCGGUCUUUAACAGGAUCAGUAACGCCCUGGACAGUUUCGAUAACCUCAAGAUCUAGAGAGCGGUCGCCGCGCGAACCGUAAAGAAGAGAGACGCGAAUUCUCGGCGAGUUUCGCGCUAGGAAUAGAAAGGAAAAGGAGGAUUUUCAUGUGGAUUGACUCGAGUUUUCGACGAUAGCUUCUCCGCAGUGGAUUCUGUCAGUGGAAUUAACGUCUUUUUUCUUUUUUUUUUUUUACAUAUGCGGUAUCGCCGUGACGCGGUAGCUCUUUACCCGCCAUCGGCCGUUUUCUUGAGAAGCAUUUUAGGCACACGUCAGGUUUCAUUAUCCUUGAACUAGCAUCCUUUCCUCUCCUUUUUUAUAUAUUAUUAUAACCAUAAUUUUCAUAUAUAUCAUCGUACUAUUGUAAUAUAUUACUAUA